CACACUUCCGUCUCCAGGCAGCAGCUGAAAGCCACAACACAGAGACACGGAGACACUGCGAAGUCAUGGCUGAAGUGGAGGAGACACUGAAGAGGAUUCAGGCCCACAAAGGUGUUAUAGGGACAAUAGUUGUAAACGCUGAAGGUAUUCCUAUUCGAACCACGUUGGACAAUUCCACCACAGUGCAAUAUGCAGGCUUGCUUCAUCAGCUCGCUAUGAAAGCCAGGAGCACAGUCCGAGACAUCGACCCUCAGAACGACCUCACUUUUCUACGGGUCAGAUCCAAGAAACAUGAGAUCAUGGUGGCACCCGACAAAGAAUAUCUCCUAAUUGUGAUUCAGAACCCGAGUGAAUAGGACUGAAAGACAGAAUCAGCAAAUGCAUGCUUUCUAUCAUUUAUUUAUCUUUAGAUCACCUCACUGGUUUAAUCUGCUUGAUGCAUUUCUAUAUUUCAAACAUAUACUUGUUUCCCUUUUUUUUCUUGUAAAAACACUUUGUUUGAUGAAAUAAAAUGUAAUUUA